AUGUCCCAACAGACAAAGAACAAAAACGAUGGUGGUGGUCAUUCUCAAAAAACAAAUUAUGGACAAAAAAAAAUUUCUAAAAAAAGAGCGACCUUUUUGGGUGAAGAUGAGGAAAAAAAAAAUGACUCAUUUGAUCAAUUCUCUGGAUUAGUUGAUAGUAAAAGGAAUAAUGGAGAAAAUGAUAAUAAUAAUAAUAAAGAUAAUGAUGACAAGAAAUAUUCAUCCAAAUUAGAGAAUAGAAAUAAGAAAAGAGAAAUCAAAAGAACAAAAAAAUGGGCAAUUUCAUCUUCAAAGGAAAAUAAAUCAGAGAAAUAUGGUGACACAUUAUACACAUUUAUGUGGAAUAAAAAGGGAUUCCAGAUUCUUGGAGAAGUCCAACUUGGUAAAAGAACAUUGGAAAUUUUAGUUGUUACUUCUUCGUCUCAUGAAAUUCAAAUAAAUUUGGAUAUUCCUAGAACAACUCGAUCACAUAUAAUGUUUAUAUCAGAAGAUAGUGCUGGUCAAAAAUCCUUAUUUAAUAUUUUGAAAGCAUUUUCAAAUCAUGAUCAACAAGUUGGUUAUUGCCAAGGAAUGGCUAGUGUUGCAGCAAUAUUAUUAAUAUAUUAUCUUGAAGAGAAGAAGAAUGAGAUUCGAACUGCAACAUAUGCAACCAGGUGGUACCUAACAUUAUUCACAAGUGAAGUUGUCCCUCAUCAUACUUUGUUAAGAUUUUGGGAUUUACUUAUGCUAUAUGGAUUUGAUAUUUCUUAUUAUAUUGCUGUUGGUUUAUUAAAAUAUAAUAAAUAUAAAUUAAUAAAUUUUGAUUUUGAUGAUACAAUGUUGAAAAAAACUGCUUGA